CGCGCAGUACAUCACAUGUCUUCUUUUAGAGAGACAGAGAGAGAGAGUCAGAGAGAGAGUGAGUCAGAGUCAGACAGAGAGAGUCAGAGAGAGUCAGACAGAGAGAGAAAGAGUCAGACAGAGAGAGUCAGGGAGAGAGAGAGUCAGAGAGGUGAGAGAGUGCACAGUCCGUGUCGCGUCCAUUCUUGUGUCCGUCCGUGGGCUGUGACUUUGAUGGUAACCAUGGAGGCCUUGGAUCAAAGACUCAACAUCCUGUUGGAGUCAUGGUUGGGUCCCCGUGAUCAGCGGGUGCGUGGUUGGCCGCUGCUCGACAACUACUCGCCGACAGUUGCCCUCACCAUUGUGUAUCUUGUGGUGGUGUGGACGGGACCCAAGUACAUGAAGCACAGGCAGGCGUUCUCGUGCAAAGGCCUCCUCGUGGUCUACAACAUGGGCCUUACGCUCCUGUCGCUCGGCAUGUUCUACCAGCUUGUGUCUGCUGUGUGGAACAGCAGCUACAACUUGUACUGCCAGAACACGUACAGCGCACCAGAAGUGGACAAUAAGAUCAUGAAUGUUUUGUGGUGGUAUUACUUCUCCAAGUCCAUUGAGUUUAUGGACACGUUUUUUUUCAUUCUGCGAAAGAACUAUCACCAGAUCACCGUUCUUCACGUCUACCACCACGUCAGCAUGCUCAACAUUUGGUGGUUUGUCAUCAACUGGCUCCCAUGUGGUCAUUCCUACUUCGGGCCUACCUUCAACAGUUUUGUCCACGUGGUCAUGUACUCGUACUACGGCCUGUCAGCCAUCCCCGCCGUGCGCCCGUACCUCUGGUGGAAGAAGUACAUCACGCAGCUCCAGCUGAUCCAGUUCUUCUUAACGAUGUUGCAGACACUGUGUGCCAUCAUAUGGCCAUGUGGUGUGCCCUUUGGAUGGCUCUACUUCCAAAUUGUUUACAUGAUCACCCUCAUUGUCUUCUUUUCCAACUUCUACAUUCAGACGUACAAGAAACACAAGCCCACAGAGCUCCAGAACGGCGCUGCCCUGUCUACCAACGGACACUCUCAAAGGAACACGGUGCUCAAAAUCAAGAAGAACUGAGGCUGGAUUAACAAUGGCAACUCCCAACCUUGCUUAAUGCUGCUAAAAAUCAAAAAGUAAAGUCCAGUAGGUCAUGGUCUACGCCUUCAAUUACAGUAUUUGCGUCUUCAAUUUAAACCGAAUGACUGAAGGUAAAAAGCUCUGGUAAGCGUGCUUUAUAUUUGAAGCACGCAGCAUUUUGGACCGUCCUUGACAUGUAACAAGAGCACGCUUCUUGUGUCCUGCUUGUGCUGUUACGUAAUCUCUAAAUACUAUAUGUCCUUUUGCAGAGGCCGGCCAGGACAGGGCAAGAUGCUUCUGGUCAAAUAGUUGCACAGUAGACACACUGAUAUGAAACAUUAACCAAAUUCCUUGGCACUCAUUUUUAAUGUGUUAUGCAGCAACCCUAUGUAUUUAAUUUAUUAAGAAUUCAAUUUCACUCAACAUUAUAAGCGCCACUUUUUAGAUUAGAAUUUUUUUUGUAGAUGCGGUGCCUUCAUGGACCUGUUUAUUUGGUUGCUAUGCUAAUGUCACCACACUGAUGCUGGUUCACUCUGUGCCUGACUUGACUGUGUUUUAAUAUCAUCAAGAAUGGAAAGUAAUCAUGUUCAUGUUUAUUACACUUAAAGCAGAAGAGGUGUGCUUGAUUAACAUCACACGGGCAGACAACCUCUUGGUUUAUUUCGCACAGGAAGUCUUACCAAGUAUGAUACACGUCAUACUUAUAAUUAUUGUAGAAAAAAACCCCGAUUGAUGCAUUUCCGGUUAUAAAUUGCACAAGUCGACAAAUAAAAGCAUUCAGGUACUUCA